AUGGGCAAAAUUACUCUUUACGGUAUCGAACCAAGUCCUCCAGUUCGUGCUGUCAAGUUGACACUCGCUGCUCUGGAACUUCCUUAUGAGUUCGUUGUUAUUGAUCUAACCGUGAAGGAACAACUUUCGGAAGCAUUUGUGAAGAAGAAUCCCCAACAUACGGUUCCAAUGUUGGAGGAUGACGAUGCGUGUAUCUGGGAUUCACAUGCCAUCAUCACCUAUUUGUCUAGCAAGUACGGCAAGGACGACUCGCUGUAUCCCAGGGAUCUGCUGAAGCGUGCGGUGGUUGAUCAACGUCUGCACUUUGAGUCCGGAGUCGUUUUCGCUAAUGCUCUGCGGGCCAUCACCAAGAAUCUGUUCUUUUUUGGCAUGAAGGUAAUACCCAAGGAACGAAUUCAGGCCAUUGUUGAGGUCUACGACUUUGUCGAGACUUUCCUCAAAGAUCACGAUUAUAUUGCUGGAGAUCACCUGACGGUCGCUGACUUCAGUCUUAUCUCGUCUGUCGGCUCUCUGCCGGCAUUUGUGGAAAUUGAUCCCAUCAAGUAUGUGAAUAUAAUAACAUGGAUCAAGCGUCUGGAGCAGCUGCCUUAUUAUUCCGUGAAUGAUGUUGGCAACAAGCAAUUUAUUGCGGCUGUUAAAGGGACAAAUUUCAGUAUUGAACAGUGAUAAAUUUUAAAAGCAUUUAAAACUUCGGUGUAGCACUCAAAAACACAAAAUUUACCAUCGAAGAUCAAGAAAAUAUUAAAA